AUCGCCCCCGUCAGCGACCAGCGACGGCCGAUGGCCCCUCCCAUCCGGCUGAUCACCUUCGACGCAUUCGACACGAUCGUCCGCCCCCGACUGCCGAUAUUCGUUUCCUACACUCAGAUAUUCAAGGCGCACAACAUUGCCGUUUCUCAGGAGGCGGUCAAGAGGGCUUUCAAACCGUCGUUUAGGAAAAUAGAAGCCGAGUACCCAAAGUACGGUCGAGACGCAGGCCUAACAGCCCGGAACUGGUGGGGGAAAGUGAUCGCCAGCACUCUAGAGAGCGCUGGUGUGCCGCAGGAACUUUCUGAGAAAGCUCUCCCGGGCGUCGUGGACGAUUUGAUGCGGCAUUUUGGGACUAAGGAGGGGUAUGACCUUUUCCCUGAUGUCCUGCCUGCAUCACUCAAAUCGCUACCUAAUCCGCCCCAUCUCGCCCUCGUGAGCAAUACCGACUCGCGAAUGCACACCGUGCUCUCCUCCCUCGGGGUUGCGCAUUUCCUCGAGCCUGCGAUCCUCAGCUCCGAAGUGGGGUUCGAGAAGCCCGACCAGAGGGUGUGGGAGGAGGCUGUCCGAAGGACCGGGUUGGAAGGACUGGAUUGGGAGGGGAGAGGAGGGGUGCUGCAUGUUGGGGAUGAGCUGGCUGCGGAUUACUGGGGUGCUAAGAAAGCUGGACUGGAAGCGCUGCUUGUCCGACGGCAUGGUGAGUAUAGCGAUGGGUCUAGGAGGGAAGCUACAGAGGAUCUGGACGGCGUAGACGUCGUUCCCGACUUUGGCGGAGUUGUGGACUAUGUGAGAAAGCGCAAUAACCCGUAG